UAGCAUAAAGAUAAUUUAUUUUGCUAUUAAUUUAAAUAAAAGUAAUGUGGAAAUGGGUGGUUCAGCGAAUAUUCGACAAUACAUAAUUGUAAUAUCAGUUAACUUAACUUCUAUUGGCAUGGGAAUGACCUUAUCUUGGACGUCACCGAUGCUUGUAAAAUUGAUGCAUGAGGACACACAGCUCUCUGACCGAGUUAAUGAGGAUCAAGCUUCAUGGAUCGUGUCUGUUGGUUUCUUAAGUUCGAUAGUGUUCUUUCCAGUAUUCUAUUGGUUAGUAAGUCUUUAUGGCAGGAAGAAAGUCAUGUUAUACCUAAGUAUAUUUCGAGCCACCGUCAAUCUACUGUUCAUAUUUGCUACAGAAGUGUGGAUGUUGUAUCUUGUUAGAGGCGUUACGGGGACCUGCGAAAUUGGUAUAUUGUCAAUCAUACCAGCUUACAGCGCGGAGAUUGCUAGUAAACAAAUCCGUGGUGCGUUGGGCACAAUAGCACAACUGCUAAAUGCAGUUGGCAUGCUUAUAAUGUUAUCCUUGGGUCCAUAUGCGUCGUACUUAAUGGUAAACAUAGUUUAUGUCACCACGAUUGCUGUAAUGGUCGUACCUAUGUUUUUUGUACCAGAUAGUCCUUAUUGUAUGGUUAAGAAAGGUCGCAUUAACGAAGCCUUAAAAACCCUAACAUACCUGCGAGACUCCGAACUCUUAGCCCAAGAAGAAAUAAAGGAGAUGUCUUGCGUUUCUGACUAUCCUAGAGGUAACUAAUACUAGUGUGUCUUCUGAACUGGUUUCUGUUAUCUUUGGAGUGAUGCAGGUAAUAGCGUGC